AUGGCUUCUGACCUGGCCUGCUCAGCUGGAAAGACCCUGACCCGCAACCAACUACCUCUCCUCAUCAAAGCGGCCAUGAGAAAACAAACGCUGCCAAUGGAUCCCUCUGGCCUUUACCUCAUUCUCACAUCCGACGAUACAAUAGUCGAACGGUUUUGCAUGAGCUCGUGCGGGACCCAUGGGGCCCUACUUCUGCCCAGACCCGGUCCAAAAACGGGUGUGGAUAAAACUGGCGGCAGAGCGGUUUGGGCUUGGGUUGGCGACCCGAGUAAGCAGUGCCCUGGGUUGUGUGCAUGGCCUUACGCCAAGCCUUUGUGGGGCCCUCCAAGUGUUCUCAUGGCACCAGGUGGCGAUGUGGGAUUGGCUGGGAUGGUGAUCAACGUGGCAACCAUGCUUGUGGGAUCCGCCACAAAUCCCUACGGUGACGGGUUCUAUGAGGGGGACCCACUUGUUCCCGUGGAGGCGAGUACGGCCUGCCCGGGUUUAUACGGAAAAGAUGGAUUUGCCGGGUACCCUGGGACCCUCUUGGUGGACCCCACUACCAAUGCCAGCUUCAAUGCCUACGGGGUUGGGUCCCACAUCUUCCUGUUACCCGCCAUAUGGGACCCACUCACACGCAAGUGCAAAGCCAACGUCUAA